AUGGACGUAAGAGAACAUAUGGCGGACGUGUUUACAGCUAAUCAGUGCCUAUAUGUUCAUUGUUUAGACCUUGAAGUUGAGAGAAUUCUUCAUUUAAAAUCUGUCCCAUGUAUAGAACUUUACAUGGUCAUGGCACACAUUAGUUUUCCUGAGAAAUUAAGCGAACGCCUUGCUGUUUUGUUCUUACACAGCGAAGAGAACGUCUCGAAAUUGCGUGAACAACAUUCACCAGCUAUUAUAGAAGUAAAGUCAAGCUGCAUUCACACAGUAAGUGUAUUAUUUACCUCAAUUUCUUCUUCUACAUUCAAAUUUCAUAAAUAAUGCUUAUUCUUUUUAAAGAUUGAAAACGAAGGACCAGAUGAAGGCUCGACAAUUAUGCUUGUAUUUACAUUUGAUGUAAUGGUCAAUAAUUCAAUUGCCGCGCAAGUAUUGCCUCCUAGAAUGCCUUCGAGCGAGGAAGACGAUAUAGUCUCCAUGCCCUUUCUGAAGUUGGAUUCGUGCAAGUGCAACUGUACAUCGUUUCCCGAACUUUCUGAUGUUUUGCUGGAAGAAGGUAAACGAAAUGCUUGCGAUGUAAGCAACGAAGCCGAGGCCAUGGAGGCAGCCAACAUGGCCGAAGAUACAAGUGCAACAGCAAUUCUGUCAGCAAAUAACAUAUCUGCUUCUGAGGCAAACUCGACUGAUUGUUAUCCGGAAUCAGAGGUUUCAUAUUCUGAGACUUUUACCUUAAAGGGGAGUAGUUUCCACAAAGAUUUUCAGAGGGUACUUCGAAGCUGCAAACAGAUGCUUUUAGAAAAUAUUCCAGUUGAGCUCAAAUUGUGCAACGAACCUGUGAAUGUCAACGAUGAGAAUGCAAUUGUUGCUAAGGCAAAAGUAAAUGGAAUCUAUUGGAUAUGUUCCAAUCCAAAUCUAUUGGAUAUGUUCCAGGGAAAAAGCUAA